GAAGAUGUCCACUAAAAUGCAACCAUACAUUUACACCAACCAGCAAGGAAAAGACAAAGCACAAGGCAAGCGGUGAACAAUUAGAUUCGGGUGCAGGAUUUUGUGUAAGCGGUGCAGAAUUUCAUGGUUGUGGCUUGCUGAUUCAUUUCAAGAGAAUUUUCAGUGAAAUAUUGAAAGAAGGAUUUCUGCUUUUGAAUUGUGAAAACUAUUUUUCAAUCAAACCAUUUCCAGGUUAUGACUCACCAGUGACAACUUUUCUUACAAAUAACUUACAUUUUACCAUUCCCAAUCAUUUUCAAACAAAUCUUGAAAAGAAGGUUAUUGUGAUAAAUCACAAUGGAUUCUGGAUAUGGUCGAGGAUGGGGCCAGGACAAGCCUGGUUUCAAUCCGAAUCAAUCAAAUAAAAGACCACUAGAAGAUGACUCUUCCCAACAGAAAGGAAAGAAAAAUCCAUUAGAAGUGAUGCAAAUGGUCAUCAAGAACUCUCAGAAGGACAUUCAAAAUAAAACAUCUUCAGGUCUACCACAAGAUCCAGAAGCACUGAAGCAAAUAUUUACAAGACAACAAAUGUUGUUGGAACUGCAGACAGAGAUGAUGGCUCAGAUGUCAAAUCUAGAUUCCAAUGAGCCGCCCCCACCACAGCAAGCUCAACCAAAGCCCAAAAAAGAACCCCAGAGUUUACUGGAUUUGGCUAAUUUAACAUCUUAUCCCAUGCCUGGUCGUAAUAAAAUGCCCAAUGAAGAUUUUUAUUACGGUUUUAAUGUGCCUGGUAAGAUGAAAGUGGAGCAAGGGGGAAGAGAAAGCAGAAGAUUUAAUGAAAUGGGCCGAAAUAAUGAUCAACCAAGGAGAAAUCGCAGCAGAGGACCUGAUGACUUUGAUCCACCCUUAGGCAGGGUUGAUCCCGGCGGAAUGGAUAGAUUUGGUCCACCAGGAGGAUUGGAUAGAUAUGGUCCACCAGGAGGAAGAGGAGGAUUUGGGCCUGAUGAUUUUGGCCCACCAGUAGGAAGAAGAGGAUUUGGACCAGAGGAUUUUGGCCCAGACGAUUUUGGCCCACCAAGUCGAAUGGGUGCCUUUGGUGCCUUUGAUGAUUUUGGACCAGGGGAUGAUUUUGGACCAAGGGAUGAUUUUGGUAGAGGUGGUUACGGCCCACGAGGAGGGAGGGGUUUUGGUCCACCUGGAGAUAUAGAUGAUUUUGGACCUAUGGAGGGAAGAGGUGGAAACGACUCAAGACGUGGGAAACGGGGGAGACCUGGAUUGUUUGCAAAUUCCAAUCCUCUGAAUAGACCAUAUAAUACCUUGCCUGUAGAGGAUAGGCUAACAAUAGUGAAGAGAGAUAUCUUCAAGUAUGACAACUUUCCCCAAGCUUUAAGGGUUCUUGAAACGGCGAGACACAACUGUCCAGAGGCCCACAUCCGAACCACUUACGAAGAUGAACCCCUUGAUGGUGACCGAUUCCAGGGUUUUUUAAUUAUGAAUGGGGUAUUAGUAGGUGUUGAAGAAGGAAGAAAUAAGAUUGAUGCCAAAGUAAAUUGUUAUUGUGCUGCUCUCUACAUUUUACUUACCAAACCACUAUCCUAUAUUUUUGCACAUUCCGUUGAGUUAUAUGACAAGAGAAGUCAUCCAACUAAAAUGAAGAGAGAAGUCAGUCUGUGUGAUGAACGUUUUAAUUGGAUAGUGGAAUCUCUCUGUCAUGGGGUUAGAGCUUUACCAACUGAUUGUAUGAACAGAGACUUUGAAGAGGUCAUCUAUUCACUUGAACUUUCGAUAACCCACAUCUACAAGCAAACAAAGACUGGCUAUUCGUGUGAAUUUUAUGUAGAUGACCUUUUUGUAUCUCAAGCAGAAGCAAUUAGAAAAGCUGAUUCAUAUGCUGAAGCAGUAAAAGUAGCAAGAAUGAAGUUGAGUCAAAAGCCGAGUAAAAUCAGAGCACGUUUUAAUCAUCUAAACAGAUUGAGACAUAUUGACUUCCAUGCGGAGGAUAUCAUUGACAUACGAUUUGCUGAAAACAAACACAGGGUUUACAGCAACCUCGAAGAACUGAAGAAGAGAGGGGUUAGUUCAAAAAGCUUAAGAGAAGUAAAAGACAGGAUUGUAGUUAUUGUUCCAACUGGAGCCACUUCAACUUGGAAUUUAUUAGAAGAAACAGCUUUGGCAAAUAAAGUCUUAAUGGAGUUUGUUGAAAAUGGUCUUGGUAAUGUAAAGAGUUUUUAUUUUAGAUGUGUCAUAUAUAUGCAAGGGCAGAUUGUUGCCGAUUCUUACAGCAGUAAGCAGGAGUCUGGUAAAUCGGUAGCAAUGCGUAGAGCUAAACAAGUCCUCAUGAAAAGACACAGAAUUGGUGUUGAGGUAGCACCAAUUGACUAUGAAAAAGUCGCUUUGACAUUUGAACAGAUUGUGGAGAAAGCUGGUGAAUUAUCUAUGACAGAGCCCAAAUAUCUUGAUGGAAAAGAAGCACCAAAUUAUGGUAAACCCGAGAAAAAUGAACCUGAACCAAAUGAACUAUCCCCCUGGGUAGAUGCUUUUCUACGUAUUGUCAUCAACAGCUACAAGGAAACAGAGGGACUUGAUGAUAUGAUUGUAUCCCACCUGCCGUCUUAUCACUCACAGCUUCUUCUAGACCAAGCUGAUGAGCUGGGAGUUGUAGUAACAACUUCACGGCAUAAAAAUGUAGCCUACAUUAUCAUACAGAAAUAUAUUACCAAAGACCUGAGCGCACAGAAAUUCCUUGAUUAUGUUUCAGCCUUUAAUGACAAAACCUCGGGGCGAUACAAAGUGGUAGAAUUUGAACUGGAUUUACACAAAAAGGACAAUUAAGUGAAUUGAAAAUCGUCACUGAUUAAGACUGUAUAUAAGCUUAUAGUGUAGCAAAAUAAUUCAUCGAUACCUUUAAAAAAAAUAUAGUUAGUAUGAACUAUUUUAACAGUUUCUUUCAGUACAUGUAAUCUGUUCAUUGCUUGAUAUUGUGUUGAUGGGGAUGACAGCUGUUUAAAAUAGAAACCUAUUUCAUUUUAGUUUGUACAUAAACUCCCAUCAUGUGUUAAGAAAAUAUAUUCAUCAUUCAUCACCAUAAAUACACGAAGUAGAGAUAUUGAUGUUUCAAACACAAUCUGGAUAAUGCUGUCAUGGUAUAACAACAAAUUCAAGUACAUAAUUUGGGGUUUUGUAUUGAGAUUGUGGAAAAGUAUGACAAUGAACCCCAUUUCAUGUGGAAAUAUAAGAACUGAUUUUUCAUCUUUUAUUAAUAAUACUGAAUAUUGUUUUACACAAUAAAAAUUAAUUUUGCUUUAGUUUUGGUUAAAAUCACUGAAAAUAAGUAAUUUUAAAAUAUCAUUUUAUUGUUAAAUCAAAAAUGUUUGUCAUUGAGAAAUUGAUGUAAUUUGAAAAAUUUGCCAAAUAAAACAUCUUCAUUGAUA